GGCAUCCUGGGCUCUGGCUUUGCCCUCAAAGUUCAGGAGCAGCACAGGCAGAAACACUUUGAGAAGCGCCGUAACCCUGCAGCGGGCCUCAUCCAGUCACCGUACUGUUUUCCCCUGCAGGAGCUCAUCACAGCCUGGUAUAUUGGUUUCCUGUGCCUCAUCCUGGCUUCCUUCUUGGUCUAUUCUGUGGAAAAAGAGUCCAAUGAGGAGUUUGAGACGUACGCUGAUGCUCUGUGGUGGGGACUGAUCACGCUCACCACCAUCGGUUACGGUGAUAAAGUUCCCAAAACGUGGAACGGACGCUUGCUGGGAGCUGCAUUCAGCAUGAUAGGCGUGGCUUUCUUUGCCCUUCCUGCUGGCAUCCUGGGCUCUGGCUUUGCCCUCAAAGUUCAGGAGCAGCACAGGCAGAAACACUUUGAGAAGCGCCGUAACCCUGCAGCGGGCCUCAUCCAGGCUGCCUGGAGGUUUUAUGCCACUAACCUCUCCCGUACAGAUCUGCUGUGCACUUGGGAUUUUUACGAGCAGACUGUCGCUGUUCCCAUGUAUAGAAUCAUCCCACCACUGAAUCAACUGGACCUGCUGAGGAAUCUGAAGGGAAAGUCAUUCAGGAAAGAUUCUCAGGCAGAAACCUCACCCAGUAGUGAAAAUGCACACAAAGACAGACUUUGUGGGUGCUGCCCAAGAACUCUUAGUCGGAAAGCCAGUCUGAAGGACAAGGUGUUUCCCAGUCCUUCCAAAGCCCCCGUGACUAAGGGGAAAGCCCCCUCUCCGGGGGCAGAAGACGGCGCUGAAGCCAGCCCGAGCAAAAGCACCAAGAGCUGGAGCAGAGUCCGAGGCGCCGCCUCUCGCCAAAACUCAGAUGUGCUGAUUGAAAUGCAGGAUGAAGACUUUGGACUGAAGAGUUCUCCAGCAAUUGAAGGUUUAAUAAAAGCGAGCCUCCCCGGAGAGGAAAUCGGUGAUGAUAAGAGCUGCCACUGUGAGUUUUUCACCCAGGAAUUACCUCCAGGACUCAAGGUUACUGUUAGGGCUAUUUGUGUCAUGAAGUUCCUGGUGUCAAAGAGGAGGUUCAAGGAGAGUCUGCGGCCUUAUGAUGUGAUGGACGUGAUUGAGCAGUACUCUGCAGGCCACCUGGACAUGCUGUGUCGCAUUAAGAACCUGCAGUCCAGGAUAGAUAUGAUUGUGGGGCCCCCUCCCCCAACAACACCGCGCCAUAAGAAGUCCACUGAAGGUCCUAGAGUUGACCAGAUCGUUGGUAAAGGCUCCAAAGUGGAUGGAGAGGGAGUGGAGGACCAGAGCAUGAUGGGACGACUUGUCAAAGUGGAGAAACAGGUUUUCUGCAUGGACAGGAAACUUGAUUUCCUGGUCAAUGUGUAUGUGCAGCGCAUGGGCAUCACUCAUUCAGAAACAGAGGCCUUUUUUAACUCCAAGGAGCCGUACCCAGCACCGCCUUACCACAGCCCGGAGGAGACCAAGGAAGAGAAGGAUGAAGACGAGGCGACCAAGGUGCAAAAGAAAGCCAAGACAUGUUCUGCAAUGGCAGACGUCUCCCGUUCUGAUAGGUCUCUGGAAAAGAAAGAUCCUUUACUCGGUCAGUCCGUGGUGCAGCCGGUUGGCACUCCAUCCGGCAGCAACAGCCGCCCCUCCACUUCCUGGCAGCACCAGCUGCAGCACCCUCUCAGCCAGCCUGCCUGGGGCAGCAGCAUGGCCAACACCCCUUCGCCCGUCUUAGCCGCCGGCGACCAGUCGCCCACCGUCUUCCGCCUGCCUCCACCACCCGCGUCGACACAUGACAGGUCAUCCUCGGGCGCGUGCGGGAGCGGCAGGGAGAGCAGCUCUCAGGGCAGGCGGCGCCACAGGAGGCACAGGUGUCAGCACGAUGCCACGGCCGUGGAGAGCGACACCUCCCUCUCCAUCCCGUCUGUUGACCACGAGGAGCUGGAGCGCUCCUUCAGCGGCUUCAGCAUCUCUCAGGCGAAAGAGGACUUCUUUGGGCCGUCUUUCUUUGCGGGCUCAGGAGGAGGAGGAGGCGGUGCAGCGGCUGAAGCUGUAGGCGGACGCUCAAUCUGCGCCAGGGUCCGACCGUUCAUAGCCGAAGGGGAGUCGGAUACUGACUCGGACCUAUACGCUCCGUCACCGCUGUCCUUCACUGGAGAUGCGUCCUGUGGUGAGAGGGGCUGGCCGGGAUUGAAGUAGGCCAGAGGACUGCUCUACACAGGCUGGAGGUCACACAUCAGUGCCAAGACGAGAUCAUCAGGCCUCGUGUCCAACCGGCUUACCGUCCACAAUGAUGAUGUUUUAGACAAUUCUGAGUGGAUUCACAUGAGAGGCUGCACAUUAUGACAGAGGUUAUAUUACUACAAGUGAUAGUCAGAUGACCUUCGAAAAAUCAGAGUACAUGUUUUCUCACUUUUUCUGUUAAUAAUCAAACAUUUCACUAGCAUUGAUUACUGACAGUUGCUUCAUAUAUUUUGUGGAACUUAAAAUAUUGGAUAAAUGUUGAGGCCCCCUCAGUACCAACACCGAUAUUUGGCAAAAAGAUGAUGUUCAACUGUGCUGGUAGUUCAAAUCCACAACUGUCAGCAGUUCUGGAUUUGGAAUUUUAGGAAUUUUUUCCACUGAAAAAAUUCCUAAAAUCUCCAUUAGAAUCUAAUUCAUUAGAAUUCCUAAAAUCUCCUCUAUCCUCUCUAAUAUUUCUUUCUUAUAAACUUCAAAUGGAACUCAAAACGUUGUAAGACUGAGAGCAAAUGGUAGCCAGUGUCAAAGCAAAGGAUGGCUUGAAUUUGGAUGUGUUAAUGUUGAUAUUAUUGCCUCCUACUGGCACAACUGAGAUACUACAACGUUUUUGACUGGAAUCCCAGAUCACAAAUGCAGAUUUUUUUUCUUCAUCAGUUAGGAAUCAUUACGUGGAAAAGUGAAGACCAGGCAUAAGAUUGAUGGACAUUGUAUUAGGUAAAGAGUGAAAUAUAAACCGUUUGCAUUCUGCUGAUAUCUGAAUAUGAUUUAGAUUGUCAAAGUUUUUUAAAAGUUCAUAACGCCAUUUUUUUAUGUUAAAAACAUUUUGCAUUUGAAAAAAAAUACGGAGAGUUUGUGUAAUGCAAAGUUGUUAGCAUAGUGUCCUGUAAACCUCUAUACCUUUGAAUGACUUGAGGUAUUAUGAUACCAAACCUGUUGCUAUGGCAAUUGGUUAGAUUCUUACAGAGUAAAAACAGAUAUGCUUGCUUACAACAUGGUUAAUUCAGCCUGCAGUAAAAAGAAAAAGACAAAGAAGCAACUCCCCUUAAAGUAAUACCAAUGUUUGCACAGCGGUAAAACAGAGAACCUCCUGCAUGGCAUGUUAAACGGUUGAUUUUAGGACUGUUAGGUAGACUACAAACCAAAGCAGCAGCAGCAAAAAAGACCCCUCAACUAUGUUGUUUUACUGUUCUGCAGAGGGGUGAACAAAACAUGAAGUAAAACAUGAUGUGAAUGCACGAGUGGUUUCAAGCCAGCAUUUUUAAUGCUCCUAAAAGGCUUUGCUUGAUUUCCAAUCAUGCAAAUGCUGCCUGAGCUUGCAAAAUUCAAAAACCAACACAACGUUUUUUGGGCAGACUUGAGUGCAGUUAAAAAAAAAAAAAAAAAAAGGGCUGAGUUUGAUGCAACUUAUAGAUUUUUCUGGGUUUCACACCAAAUACAUCCUUGAAGUUGGAUUGUGUAACCUUACUCAGACAUGAUGGUGUUUAUCCUGAACUCCAUUGCUCUUUCCAGUAGAUUUUCUUUUGCUACUUUGCUUUUUUAUUACAUUUCCUUUUUUUGUUGCAGAACCAAACAGGGCAAAUGAGAACCAUCUUUAAACACUCAAAGCCUUAUUUUCAACCGGCUCCAUUUUAUAAUUAAAUCAAUCAUUUCAUGUUUUAAUGUUUUGUAAAAGAGGUGACAGUUGAUCUUCAGUCUGAUUUAAAAAACAGAUUAAACAUUUUCAUUUCAAUUCAGUUCAAACAUGCAGCAUUUAAGCAUUUCUGUCAUGAACAGCUCCUAUUCAUUAUAACCAACCCCCAACAUUUUAACAUUAAUACUCUAACAUGAAAAUCAUAUCAAGAAAUAUCAUUUAUUAGAGACUGUUAGUACAAAAUCCACCUUUUACCAAAAGUAAAAUAAAGACAAAAACCUGCAGGCAUGUUUUUAAUAGCAAAUUGAUUAAAUCUAAAAGGUUUUGGACCCCAGAGAACGGAUUCAAGUUCAACACAUGAUGUAACUGCUGCACCUUCAUCUUCUUCAAGAAUAAAACUUUGUACCUUA